UCUUGUUAUUCUUGUUCUUCUGCAUUUUCAUCCAAAUGGGUAGAGGUAAAAUUGAGAUUAAGAGGAUCGAGAAUGCCAAUAGCAGGCAAGUUACAUUCUCAAAAAGACGUGCUGGUUUGCUCAAAAAGUCGAAGGAACUUGCUGUUCUUUGUGAUGCUGAGGUUGCUGUUAUCAUUUUCUCAAGUACCGGCAAGCUUUUUGAGUAUUCCAGUAAUGGCAUGAAGAGAACUUUGUCUAGAUACAACAAAUGCAAUCUUUCUCCAGAGGAGGCUGCUUCCGAAUAUAGGGCAGAGAAACAACACUCAAAAGAGGUGGAUGCUCUGCAGGAGGAAAUUGCAAAACUACAGCUGAAACAGUUGCAGCUGCUGGGUAAGGACUUGAAUGGCGUUUGCUUGAAAGAGCUACAACAACUGGAACAGCAAUUAAGUGAUGGUUUAUCAUCAGUGAAGGAGAGGAAGGAGCAAGUGUUACUGGAGCAACUAGAGCAAUCAAGACUUCAGGAACAGCGAGCGUUGCUGGAGAAUGAAACUCUGCGCAGACAGGUUCAGGAGCUCCGAGCCUUUCUCCCAACGAACAACAAUCCUGUCCCAUCCUACUUUGAGUACUAUCCAGCUGCAAAGAAAAAUUCUGUUGGAAACAAUGCAGUCACAACCUCUGAUGUUACUUGCAACUGUGCUGUGGAAAAGGGUGAUUCAGACACCACCUUGUAUUUAGGGUUACCAAGUGAUGUUUCUCGCAAGAGGAAGGCACCCGAGAGCCAAAGCCAUGCCAAGUGACUUCAAGUCCUGCUGUGAUCGUUUUGUUCGAAAAGUUUCUAGUUUUCCUUUGAUAGGUACAACAAAGCAGUGAGAAAAUAGUAUAGAAAAAUGUAGUCCGUAGUCCAUAGCCAAGCAUCAAUAUGACUGAAAUAGAAAGAGAAACCUUUGGUACAGAUGUUUCUUUUCUUAGGAUGAUGUAGAGGAAGGAAAAAAAAGGAAGUUUUUAGUCUUUUCAGCUUCUUGGAAGAACUUUCUGGAUAUUCCAAAGAAUAGGUUUUUAAAUUUUCCUUUCCCCUUUUGGUUGUAUCAAAAUGAAUGAUGUUGAAUUAUCUGAGUCUCUCCUUUCUUUUUCCUAGUUCAAU